UCUCAUUCCUCAAAGACCUUGCCUGCAUACGACGUACCACCCCCCUUGCCCCCGCGAGCCCGCGACCCAGCCCACCGCUUCCCGAUCUCCGGCGACGCCGCUGCCUCCGGCAACCCGCGGCCUCACCUCGUAGGCGUCUCCCGGCGUCCCUCCUGCUACCAGGACCCGCGCAGCAGUCUCCCCCAGGCUCCUCUGUUCCAAACCCUAACCCUAGCUCCCGGCGUGGGGCUGUGUAGGUCAUUUUUUUUUUUUGCAUUUUUGUGGAUGUCAAGGUCUCGGUCGUUCAAUGGCUCGGAGUUCUGAGUAAAAUGCGCUUUUAGUGAUGUAUGGGCAAAGCCUGCUUCUGUGGUCCAUUUGAUACUGAGCGGUGCUCUAUGGGAGGAAUUGUUGAAUGUGGUUUGAGCACCAACACAAAAGCUUCCCCUCGCCGUGUGGCCAUAGAGAAAGCGCAGGAGGAGCUGAGGCAGGAGUAUGACGUCCGUGAAGAUCGGAGGAGGGAGCUUGAGUUUUUAGUGAAGGGAGGCAAUCCCUUGGAUUUCAAACUUGGACAUGUAGCAUCGCUCAGUGUACAGUCCACUUCUGUUACAGAUCAGAUAGCUGAGCAAAAUGUGAUAAGUGAAGCUAAAGGCAGUUUUGCACUUGAUGCAUCACCUCAUGGGGAUUCGGUUGAAAGUAGCGGCAAACCAGGAAGUUCAUCCUGUCGUGAAGCCAACACAGCCGAUAAUCUUAUGCUUUUAGAUGGAGGUACCAGCAACAUAGGUGUGGAAAAACUUAUCAAACGGGGCACUAAAAGGACUAGCACAGCUCAACCUGAGCAGUCCUUGUGCAAUGAUGUUCAAAAUAUAAAAGAAGCCGAGGAGUCUGGUUUGUUCCGCCUUGGGGCAAAGAGCCAAGCAUAUGCUCGGCGAAGGUCAAAGUCAAGCAGGGAGAAUGCAAAUAAUGCACCUGUUAGGUCUCCACCGGUUCAUCCUUUAAGUUCCCAGUUGAAAGAUGCAAAAGGGGUAAUACAAGAAGCAAAAAAUGAUGAUCAUGGCGCCUCAUCCAUUGCCUCUCCGAAACCAACAAUUUCAAAUGGGAACAGUAUGUUGAAGAAAGCAUCAUUAGAUAACCAGGUGGUAGAUGAGAUGGACGGUGUUCAACCAAUCCAUCCAGGCCAGCAAAAAGAAAAGCAUGAAAUGACGAAUAACGAAGAUGACACGCUAGCUCCAGAAAUCUCACCAAACAGUGUGACUGAUAAUUCACAGCUUACCAGAGGUGGUCAGAUGACUACAGCAGCUGCCUAUGCAGAAUCUCCUAAUGCUAUUUUAAAAGAAACUUCAUCAAAGACUUCUUUCCCAUCUGCAUACAGCAGGGUCUUUAGAGAAGCACACAAUCAUGAAAAGGCAGGUAACGGCUGCUGUGACAAAAUCAUGGUUGAUGCUCACACAGAUGAUACGGAAAAUAAGGCUUCUGUUCCACACCCUGCCAUAGAAACGACUAGUUUUAAUGAAAAUCGAGUGGAUCUAACUCGUAGAGAUGCCAUUAAAAUUAUUGACGAGCAUUCUGGUAAAACUGAUAAUUUUGUAUCAGGGAAGGCUGGUGAAAGUUCUGAUGAAAGCUUGAGUAACGUUGUAUCACAUGACAGCAACGUCAAGAAAAUUGGUCUACUGGAAGGCAGUAGCAGGGCCACUGCCAUGGAUGACAGUUCUACUCCUAUACAACCAGAAGUCAACAGUGCUGUGGAAGAUGAAAUUGAAGUUAGGAACAAAGUAAUUGGUGCGCAAAAGGAGACAGUACAUGUUACUACUUCUGAUUGCAACAAAGGGAAUCGUGCGGCAGGUUCUAAUUUGGAUAGAAACAACACAUAUUCUAGUGCUUUGAAUGGUCCCGAUAAGUCGGAUUUUGUUUCUGUGCCCCCCGUGUUGCUCACAGAGGAUAUGCCUGAUUCUGUGCAUAACCUUGAUGGUACUAUUAACAAAUGUAGUGGAAAUGAGGCAACACUGGCAAAGAAGGAAUGCGAAGAUUCUAUCAUGGCAAAGAAGGAAUAUGAAGAUUCUGUACUUAAAGCGGCUCAGUUUAUAGAGGUAAAUGUUAAGAGAGCUGGUGAACGAGCUCUCUGCAAUAUUUCUUUGGAGAAGAAGCGGAAAAGUCACUGGGAGUUUGUUCUGGAAGAGAUGGCUUGGAUGGCAAAUGACUUCAUGCAGGAGCGUCUGUGGAGAUGUGCAGCUGCAGCCCAAAUGUGCCACUGGAUUGCCUCCAGUGGUCGAGAUGCAUUUGAAGAAGCAAACAUUCAUAAAAAACAGAAAUCUGUUGCUAGAUUUCUGGCCAAGGGUAUUUUGAGUUUUUGGCGUUCAGCUGAGACUUUACGAGCUACUAGUGGUGAGAUUCCUAAAGCGACACAAAUAGAGAAAUCAGUUGGGCAUGAAGAAACGAAGCUGGCUGGAAUCAAAGCAGGAAAAGAACUGGGUGAUGAAUCCUUUGAACAAGACAAGUCUAAGUUGUCUGAUCAAUCUCCUAUUUGGAGUUAUGCUCUUCGGUUUCUGGAGUACAACUGUAAUGCGCCCGAAUGCCUUUCAUUAGCUGAAGCACCUCCAACUCCUGAGAGGCUAAAUGAUUUUGGCAUACUAAAAGUGCCAGAUCAACUUUCAGAAGAAAAUCUCUUUUAUGUAGUAGCCCCUGGUGCAAUGCACACAUAUAGAGAGUCAGUGGAGUCUCUAUUUGUGUACAAUAAGAGGUUCGUUAACACUGGACACAAGGAUGAUUAUGAUCCAUCUACAUGCGAUUCUGUUUCAGAUAUACAUAGGGAGAAUGCAUAUGAAGAUGAUGAAGGUGAGGGAUACACUUAUUCAACGUCCAAGUUGGGUCAUAAGAAGAAACAACAGAUGCAUCAGAGGAUGAAUGGCACAAGACCAUAUGAUAUUGGUGUCGACUUGCCUUAUGAUCCAUGCUUGGAAAGCAAGUCAGGAAACAAGCCGUUUUUAUCGAAUGGCAAAAGGCCUCCAGACUUCCUUUCAAUUCCUACAAAGCGCAUACGCACAGCUGCUAGACAACGAGUUGCAAGCCCCUUCCCGGCUGGUGUUGCUGGAGCCUCUCAGUUCACAAGUAAAACAGAUGCCUCGAGUGGAGACACAAACUCCUGCCAAGAUGAUCAAAGUUCAUUGCAUGGAGGAUUCUUUCCCAGGAAGAAUGCAGAUAUCGAAUCCACUGUUGAUUUUGACAGACAAUUAAUAUAUGACGGCAGUGAGGUGUCUACUAAGUCUAAAAAGAAGAAAAAGCCUAAGCACCCUGGAUACAGGACACCACAAAGUGGGGCCGAGUCCUGUACCUUGAUAGCUGGAAAGAAGGAUUAUUUGAAGAAGAGGCCAGAGGCUUAUCAAUUUGAUUCAAAUGGGAUUAUUGGGGUAAAUGGCCAGCAUGCUGGUAAGAAGACUAAAUUUGCACAUCAAGCAUCAGAUAUGUCAUUGGAGGCACUUGCACCACUUGGCCCGAUGGCAUCUCCAGGGGCAUCACAAAUGAGUAACAUGGUAAACCCUACGAAGAUUAUAAAGAUCAUCACUAAUCGGGACCGUGGAAGAAAAAUUAAAGUACUGAAGAUGGCUGCUGGUCAUUCCGGUCCUGGAAGUCCAUGGUCAAAUUUUGAGGAUCAGGCUCUUGUUGUGCUUGUACAUGAUAUGGGUCAAAACUGGGAAUUAGUAAGCGACGCACUGAACAGCAUUGUCCAACUGAAGUGUAUAUAUAGAAGGCCUGAUGAGUGUAAGGACCGUCAUAAACUUCUAACGGAUAAAAGUUCUGGUGAUGGUGCUGAUAGCGCAGAUGACUCAGGCUCAUCUCAACACUAUCAAUCCACUUUGCCUGGCAUUCCGAAGGGUAGUGCCAGACAGCUGUUCCAGCGCCUUCAAGGACCAUUCGAGGAAGAGACACUUAAGACACAUUUCGAGAAAAUAAUAAUCCUUGGGCAGAACUUGCGUCCAUGUCGCAGAAAGGGGGAAAGCCAGGAGCUUAAGCAGAUAAAUGCACUUCACCCUUCUCAAUUGUGUCCAAGCAACUUCUCUGGUGGUGUUUUGAUGCCACUUGAUCUUUGUGAUGCAAUAAGUUCAAAUCCGGAUGCACUUUCUGUUGGUUACCCGGGACCUCAUACGAGUGGUUUAACGCUUCCGAACCAUCACGGUUCGCUUGGUCCUACCCUUCCAACUUCGAAUAUGAAUGUUAGGGUACCAGGUUCUCCUGGUACGGUACUCGGCAGCAGUUUGCAGUCGCCUUCAGUAAUGAAUGCUCCCUCCAGGGAUGCUCAGAGGUAUGGUGUGCCUAGACCCACCUCCCUACAGGGUGAUGAACAACAAAGAAUUCAGUAUAACCACAUGCUCAAUGGCAGAAGUCUUCAGCAACCUGGAGUUUCUGUUCCUGGUGUGUUGCCUCCUGGAGUUGAUCGUGGUGUUCGAAUGGUGUCUGGUGCUAACGGUAUGGGAAUUAUGACUGGACUAAAUCGAGGUCCACCUAUUGUGAGACCUGGUUUUCCAAGGCUUGUUCCGCCAGGAAUGCUAAAUAUGGUUUCGUCUGGGAACAUACUAUCUAACAACGGGCAAGGCAUGCAAAAUACAGUAAAUGCCCAUCCUGGCCCUGGAAAUAGGAUGUUGAGGCCACGUGAUCCAGUGCAGAUGCUUCGGCCUGGCCAGAAUUUGGAAGAGCACAGACAGAUGAUGGUUCAGGAGUUUCAGAUGCAAGUCUCGCAGGGAAAUAGCCAGGCUGUCCAUUUCAGUGGUGCACCGUUUUCCAAUGCCGGAACAUCUUCACCUGUUCAGUCCUUUCCUGUUCAGCAGUCCCAAACACAUCAGAUGCCACAACAGUCACGCAUGUUCGGAAAUACACACCAUUCUCAUAUCCGAGGAGCAAACCAGCCAAGUCCACAGCAUCAGGCUUAUGCUAUGCGCAUGAUGUCCCAACAACAACACCCACUUUCUGCAGUGCCAACUUUGCAGAAUGGUUCACAAAUGCAACAGCAAACUGCAGGCAGUGCUGUCCCAUCUUCACAAUCACAGCAUAAGAAGCAGCAUCCUGCACAAAACCCACAAGAUAGUUCAGUGCUUCUCAACCAGCCUGCCAAUAAUACUACAUCGCAUAAGCAGAAGAAGCAACAGGGUCAGCAGCAGUCUAGACAGAACCAACAGCAAAGGAAUCAAGGCAGCCAGCAAGCUAAGCUUAUGAAGAGCUUAGGCCGUGGCAAUAUAAUGCAGCAGAGUCUCCCAGUUGAUGCCACCCAAGCCAGUGGCAUUUCUGCAACCUCGAAAAACCAAGUUUCAGAUAAAAAUUUGGUGCAACAGAGCCCAGCGUAUUUUGCUGGUAAUAAAGGAUCGAUUCCAUCGGUGGUUCAAACUGGGAAUCAACCGAAGAUAUAUCCUGCUCAUAUACCUCAAUCACCAAUACAAUCACCAGAUCUUGGUAAUCAAGUUUCAAUGCAGGGUUCUCCCAACCAGACUUUGUUAGCUUCCCAACAAGUUCCGCUCCAUUCAUCGUCGCAAUUGCAGCAGCAGCAACAGCGGCACUUGAAUACAUCACAUAGUAAUAUUCACAGAAUGAUGAUGCAACAAAACCGCCACAUGAACUCUGAUGCUAGAAUAGAAUUGCCCGUUGAACAAGUCCAACAUAAUCAGGUGAUUGCAUCGACAUCCAUUGCGAGGAGUACAGAUUCCGGUAGCCCAGGUGUUUCAUCUUUACAACAGCGGAAACAAGAGUCAUCUCAUGAUCCAACUGCAAUUACCUCAGCCUCACAGCUAGCUAGCUCUCCUCAAGAUACCUUUCUUGGAAAUGAAACGUCGUUGUCAGCGUCUAACCAAGGCUUGCUGCAAAGGCAGAUGUCAGGGGGUGUGCCUAUACAUGGACAUGGUCUAGCCGCCCAGCGGCAGCAACAGCAGGCUCGGCAGCAACUUCAGCCUCAGCAGCAGCAGAGACCUGUUGUUCAAGGCAAUGUUUAUGCUCAUCCUUCAAAUUCGGGACCUGGAUGAUGAUGAAGUCUCUCUGGGUUGAUAAAUUCUGCAGAACAUUGCUUUCCCUUGUAAAUUUACUGUACAGGUGUCCGUGCUAUGGAAGAUGCAUGGAUGAUAGCGCUCCUGAUUCCCCAACUUCGAAGCUAAUUGUAGUCACCUCGAUGUCAGUUAGAUAAUUUGUUCGGUUCCAUUUUGGCUCCACCUUACAAGCAGUUCGGUUCUAGUUGCUGGAGAUGUCUCUUGUAACGGCGAAUUCCUUUCGUUGUUGAAUCGUAACCCUAAUUUGGGCCCAGCUGUAUAUUUUGUCUAUGAGGUCCGUGUUGUUAGAGACAGUUCUUUUGCAAAAGCCUGUAUAUUCAGCUCACAAGUCAGCGAAUGCAAAGUCCUAAUUGCCUCGACGUCUUCAGAACUGUCCAUUUCCAGAA